ACAAAAGAAAUCCAAUUUCCCCAAAUCAAGUUGACUAAGAGUUCUAUCUUUUCAUAAAAACUGCCUGUCUUCUGGAGCCUAAUUCUCAGAAUGCUUCACUACAUCAAGAGGAACUGUAUCAGAGAGAGAACUGCUGCACUGGAGCCUAAGCAUGCAGCUCAACACAGAGUAAUCGGUGCGAGCAGAGCUCUUUCCCUGAAUGAAUCCAAGUAACCUGGUGGUUGUCUUCUGAAAUGACCAGCAGACUCACUUCGGUGCAGAGGCUGCCCCGGGUAUAAACUCUUUCUUCUAAAAGACCAUGUACUGUCCACGAAGUUCUGGUGCAGAAUUUUCCACCACAACUGUCUGCUCAGUAGCUGUGCAGGCUGGAGACUCCAAAAUCGUGAUAGCUGUCGUAAAGUGUGGCAAAUGGGUACAAUUUCAGCUGGCAGAAUCACAGCCCAAUCUUCUAGAAAUUGGGAGCAGUCAAGAUGAAACCAAAAAACUUCUUCAUGACCAUGAACUUCUUUUGACCAAGCUCAAGGCUUUGGAAGACGGAGUAUGGGAACUCUUGCAGGAAGCAGACAAGACCGCUGAAGAGAACAAGGAUCAGAGUCAGGUUUAUGAUGCCAUGGCCCAGACCCUGGGUGAAGCAUGGACAGCGCUGGUCUCCAUGCUUGAAAGAAGAAGCGAGCUCCUUACAUUGACCUCUGAAUUUUUUGAAAGUGCCUUGGAGUUUGCUAUUAAAAUAGAUCAAGCUGAAGAUUUCCUCCAGAAUCCUCAUGAGUUUGAGAGUGCUGAGGCCUUAAAAUCACUUCUUCAGCUUCAUGAACAUCAUACCAAAGAACUCCUAGAACGAUCUCUAGCCCUUUUAAACAAAAGUCAACAACUCACAGACUUCAUAGAGAAAUUCAAGUGUGAUGGACAUUAUGUGAAUUCCGAUUUGAUUCAGGGAGCUCAGAGCAGUUGCCUGAAGAUUGACAGCCUUCUCGAACUUCUACAAGAUAGGAGAAGGCAACUAGACAAGCACCUGCAGCAACAGCGGCAAGAAUUGUGUCAGGCUCUGCAGAUGUGUCUGUGGGACCAACAAGAAGACCAGGUUACUUGUUGGUUUCAGAAAACGAUAAAAGAAUUGCAGGAACAAAGUCUAGGUUCGUCGCUGUCAGACAAUGAAGAACUAAUUUGCAAGCAUGAGAACCUGAUAAUAAAAGCAAAGGAAUGGAAUUCCACUGUGGAGAAGCUGAAGGGUGAGGCAGUGGGGAUUCUGCUGUCAAAGGACUAUGUGGAGAGAGAACAUCUACAGCUCUCUAACCAGAAACUGAAUCGGUUUCAAGAUGAGCUUGGUCAACUCAUGAUGGAAAGGAAGAUCUGGUUAAAAAAGGCAAAUGAUUUUUUUAGCAAUGCUAACAAGGCAUUUGAUGUACUUGGAAGAGUUGAAGCUUACCUUAAGCUCCUUAAAUCGGAGGGUUUAAGUCUGCCUGUCUUGGCAGCAAGGCAUGAGGCAUUACACAGAGAAAUUAAAGAAUGCACAGUUGAUACUUUGCAAAAGGGACAAACCUUAAUCAGCCAAGUAGACUCCUGCAGCUCUCGGGUGAGCGGCAUCCAUGAGAUGAUGGGGUGCAUGCAGAGACGCAUGGAUCUUCUCACUGAGCAGUGUUCAGCGCACAAGCAAUUGGCUCUCAAGAAACAGCAAUUAACAGCCUCGGUGGAGGGUUACCUCAGGAAGGUGGAAAUGUCAGUUCAGAAAAUCAGUCCAGUACUUUCCAGUGCAAUGAAUAUUGGUUCCAGCCUUUCUGAAUCAGAGAAGAUUCUGAAUAAAUAUCUGGAACUAGAUAUCCAAGCCAAGGCGACAUCACAUGCAUUAGAGGCAGCUACAAAAAUAAUGACAGAGAAAAAUGAAUUUGAACCUGAUGACGUGGCAUCACUUUCUUUUAAAGCUAAAUGGCUAGAGGAAGAAUUAAACAUACUUGGCCAAAGCAUCAGUUCCAGGUCACAAGUCCUGCAAACUUAUGUGGCAUUUCUAAAGUCAGCAGAGGAGGUAGAGGAGCAGUUUCAGAGCCUGAAGAAAUUUUACCAAACUGAAAUCCCUCGGAAAGAAGAGGUUGAUGCGAAAGCCAUGUAUUGGACUGGCUCAGCUGAGAAGCAGUGGCAGAUAUUUUUAAAGAAGACUUUUUUAGCCCAAGAACUGGGGCUUGAGUUCCUUAAUUUAAUAAAAAUGGUGAAAGAGAAUGAGAUAGCAAAUGGGAACAAUGAAGCUCACAUUAUGGAGAACACCAUGGAAAAGCAGAAGGCUGGACAGGCAGAACUCAGCCGCCUUCGGAUUGCACGCCAGCUGGAAGCCACCGCACGCAAGCCCAUGAAGCAGCAGUGGGGAGCAUUCAAAGAGCAGCUGAAGAAGACUACUCACAGCUUAAAGCUUCUUCAGGAAGUACUUAUGCCUGUUUCUGCACUUGACCUUGGAGGGAGCCGCCAGACCAUUUCAGAUUUGCAGGGAAAAUGGAAUGAAAUGAAGCCACAGAUCCAGCAACUGCAUUAUGAGGUACAGUACAUUAUGGAAGAGUCAGAAGAGCUAAGCAGGAAAGGGGCUCCUGUGAAAGAGAAGGCUCAACAACUCAAGGACCUUAUUCACCUUCACCAGAAACAGACAGAGAGAGUCCAGGAUUACGAGAAUGUCCUAUACAAAUUAGUCCAGUUCCAUCUGGUCAAGGAGGAGCUGGGACGUCUCACCAAAUCCAGAGAACUGGAGUUUCAGCUGAAGGAACUGGGUGAUGCUCAUGAGGGCCAGAGCCACCUUGUUCGUUGUCAGGAGAAGCAGGCACAUGUCGAGCAUCUCCGUGAACUGGCACUUUCCUUAGGAGUGGACAUCAUCUCAUCAGCACAGCGGCCUAAUUGCUCUAAUGUUUCUGCGAAGAACUUGGAACAGCAGAUGGAGGCCCUUGACAGCGACCACAGGAACUGGCGUGUGAGAGCCAAGGAGCAAGAGCAAGCCUGGUCCUGCAGCUUGGAGUUGUGCGCCACAGGAGAGGAGAUAAAUGAGCUUAACGUGUCAUUCAAAGAUAUUAAAAAGAAAUUCAACAAUUUGAAGUUUAAUUACACUAAGAAAAAUGAAAAAGCUCGAAAUCUGAAGGCUCUUAAAUACCACAUCCAACAAGUUGAUAUGUAUGCUGAAAAAAUGCAGGCUUUGCGAAGAAGAAUGGAAAAACUUAACAGUAAAACUUCUGAUUAUUUCUUAAAUUAUCCAAGUAAUAAAGUUAAUGUCCUUUUGGAAGCCAUGAAAGAUUUGCAAAAACACGUGGAUGACUUUAACAAAAUUGUCACAGAUUACAAGACAAAUUUGGGCCUGACUGAACACCUCCAGGAAGUAACAGAAGAGUGUUACUUUUGGUAUGAAGAUGCAAGUGCUACCAUUGUACGAGUUGGAAAAUAUUCCAUGGCAUGUAAAACAAAGGAAGCUGUAGAAAUUCUCCACCAGCAGUUCAAUAAGUUUAUUGCACCUUCAGUGCCUCAGCAAGAAGAAAGGAUUCAGGAGGUCACUGACCUGGCUCAGCGUUUGUAUGGUUUGGAAGAAGGAGAGAAAUACACUGAGAAAAUAGUGGCAAAACACAAAGAGGUUCUUGAGUCUAUUACUGAAUUAUGUGAAUCUCUCGCAGAGCUUGAAGAAAAACUGAAGCAGGGAGACAUUCUAAAGAUGAAUCCAAAGUUGGAAGACUUUCAUGACAAUUGUAUUGACCUACUAAAGGAACCAGUAAGAAAUAAACAGAUAAUACUCAAUGAAGAAAUCAAUAAGGGACAAGCACCGGGGGCAGACAUCUGGGCCAUCAAUGGGACAGGUGACUGUGGGCUUGCACCGAACCUGAGGCAGCUUUCCUCUGCCAAAGAGGGCAGAGUCCAGGGCUUGCUGCUGCCUGAAGACAUGCCAUCAGGAGAAGAAUCUGAGUGUGUCUCCUCUGACAACAUCUCCUUGCCGCCCCUCCCGGGAAGCCCUGAGUCCCCCCUUGCACUGUCAUCAGACAUGGAGGUGGAGGAGCCCCCCAGCCCCUCGGCCCUCAGCCUUCCCAUGAGCAGCUCCAGCUUGCAGUCCAGGACCUGCGGUCCAGGGGAGGCCCAGGAGUCUGUCCUUCCACCACCUGUCACUUAUGCUGAUGCAUACAAUAAUAAGAAAGAAAUAUUUUCAAGUCAUUUUGAGAGACCUUACCCCCAGUUCAAAGCCGAGCCCCCAUUAACAUCUGGAGAAUUUCUGGAAAGCAGUACUGCCUUCCACAAAAACAGUGCUAAGCAGCCAGAGAGCAUGCUGAGUGACAUGCAUGACAGAGCUUUACAGAAGCACCCGCAGGCUCAGGGAAGCUUGCUAGAAACGCAGGAGAAAAUGCAUGGCCAUGAUAACAGCACUAAAACCCAAGAUAGACUGCAUGCUUCCCCUGCUGUGCUCUGGAGCCUUGGCUUUCCACCAGGCACCAGCCUGGGCUCGCAGAGGCAGAUGGUUCCCGGAGAAGAGGCGAAAACUCCAUCAGCAAAGAACAGCGUGGUCAGCCUAGCUGGCCAGGCACCUCAUUUCUCCAGGCUCCCAUCCAAUGUAACAGUCACGGAAGGUUCUCCAGUGACUUUGGAAGUUGAAGUAACGGGAUUUCCAGAGCCUACGCUGACAUGGUACAAGAAGGGCCAGCACUUGUCUGCAGACGGGCACUUACAGGUUUUACACAAGGAGACAAAGCAUUCAGUGUUCAUUCCGGAGGUAUGCAAGGCGGACGCAGGCCUCUAUGUGGCGCAGGCCCAAAAUGCUAGUGGCAUUGUCUCUUCCAAUGUCAUCCUCCACGUGACAGGUAACCUCAGGCCACCAAUCGCAAGAAUAAGCUGGGUGAUGCUGUGUGUCACCUAUGUUAGUGUAUCCCUGAUGUACUGGCUACUCACAUGGUAACUGGUGUUGGCGUCGAUGGACAUCAGUCUUUUGAACCUCAAGGACAAGAUAGUUGUUUAUCUUUUGGCCCCUCCCACUGAGCACCCCCCAGAAAUGUACCUCCACCCUGGCCAUCUUGCUUGCUUGGCUAAUACCAUUACGAGGUGAAAAAAGUCAAAUUUUCUUCAACUUGUUAAAUGUAUUUGAGGAACUUGGUACAUUAUGUGCUGUGGAGAAGGAUUUCUUUUUUUUUGUAUUCUAGAAAGAGAUGUAUUUGUUAUAACAUGCAGCAAAAUUAUGCUUAUUCCUUCCUAAUGUAAGGACACACAGAUGAGUGCUCACAUCAGCAAGGAGAUGAGAGCUAAUUUUCAUAUCCAGUUGUUUGAUAAUUUAUUUUUAACUGUACGCAUCAACAUCUCUUUUCAGGGCAUAACAGUAGAACUAUUGAAUUGAAGUUGUGAUUUUUCAAUGUUGCAUUAGCUGUCCUUUAAUUUUAUUUUUCAUGUCUUGAUCUCAUUUACUGAAAUACAUUCUAUGUAAUUUCAACGUAGAUUACGUUCCUAAGUCUGAGUAUGUCAUUGAAAUAGUCAUUCCUUUUGUUGAUUUCACAAGUUUGACACUGGAGAAUAGAUGUGGUAUCAACUUUAAAUAAAUUUCAGUUUUCCAUCUGCUCCACAUUUUAUAUAGCAAGAUGGAAUAGGGGCUGCAGGAAUGGACCAACAUUAUACCUGUCGUUCCAUUGAUGUGUUUUGUGUAUCCAUGUAUAUACAACAACAACUGCAAAAAGAUCCUCUUGCUUCUAAUCUUGGUUAUGCUGCUGACCACUUUCAUACUAUGUGGCAAGGCACUUCAUUGCCUCAGUUUCCCAUCUGGAAAAUGGGUUCAUAAUCUACCUCUUGAGCAAUUGAGAGUUUUCAUUUCAUGUCUUGUAAAGAUCUGAAAAAAUAGAAAACAUUCCUUGAAGGCUAAAAAGUAACUAUAUUGUUUAAUUUGUCAUCACAUUGGCCUGCUGCCCACUAUUUCUCUUUCAGAUGCUGUUUCUUUAGAAUAUUAAAUUGAAGGAGUGGCAUUAAUGUAUAAUUUCCAACUCUUCCCAGAGAGGAAAAUGAUUCUUAUGAAUUAGAGAUAAAUUCCUUUCUAACUUCUUACAACUAUGUCCUUUUCAAAGACUUGAAAUUAAAAUCAAGAGAAUACAUUUAGAAUGUUCUAGAGAAAAAUAUGUAAUCAGAUAGUAAAAGAUGUAUUCUAACCUUUUUACAAUUAUCACUGUAAUAUUAAAAAAUAGUCUAUUCCUUUUUAAAAUGCAUUAUUCUGAAAAGAUCAUCUUUUCUAUUUUUAAAAAAAUAUAUGAGAGGUGUUUGUUUUUUAAUAUUUUAACAUAGCCUGUCAUGAUAAGGCAAAAUCUUUAGUUUAUAGAAUAAUUCAUUACAGAUUUUUGAUGAAAGGAAUUAGUUAUGUUAUUAGAAGACUGUCUACAGAUAAUCAUAAUAUUUAAAUGUAAUAUAUUCAAAUUGAUAUUAAAAAGUUACUAAAUAUUAUCUGAAGAUAUGAAAUGUCUUGUCAACUAAAAAGUUGGCAGGUUCUCUCUUGUGUUGCAUAUUCAAUUUAUUUAGAAAAUUAAAACUCUUAAUUUGCCUCCAAAUUUUGUCAGAAACCUAUUAAAUGCUUAUAUAUACAACAUCCUG